ACCAGAAUGAGCAAUGGGCAGCGGUCUUCAAUUUCCAUCACAACUAAAUCUGCAGCAAAGGCAAACAACACAACAGCUAUCCAGCUAUCCUUCCAAGUGCCAAGAACAUGACGCGUAUAGUGAUCGUCGGAGGAGGCGCAGCUGGUAUCAACGCUGCGCAGGCUCUUGCCAAGAAUCUGACCGAGGCUGACGACACUGAGGUCAUCGUGCUUGAGAAGAACUCCUAUUUCUACCACGUUAUCGGUGCCCCACGCGCCUACGUGGAUGGCGACUACACCAACAAGAUGUUCAUCCCAUACGAUAACGCCAUCCCCAAACAUGCUGCCAAGUUCGUACGCAUUGUGCGCGGAGUAGCGACGCAUGUCUCGGCCGACACGAACGAGGUAUCAUACCAUUUAAUCGGUACCGACGAUAAGGAGAGUGAGACGACGGAGAAGCUGAAGUUCGACUACCUGGUCCUGGCUACGGGUAGCACAUACUCGGUGCCUAUCAAACCGGACAAUCGUGACUACGCACGUUCGGCGACGGAGAAGAAGCUGCAAGAAGUACGUGGUCACAUCGAAAGGGCCGAAAAGGUCUUGGUCGUCGGUGGAGGCGCAGUGGGCUGCGAGGUAGCGGCGGAGAUCAAGGUGAAGUAUCCGAGCAAGUCGGUGACAAUCGUGGAUGCGAACAAACAGCUCAUCUCUGGCAGCAAUCUGCGUGAUAAGUUCUAUUCGUAUCUGAAUGCUUCGCUCGAGAAGCUUGGCGUGAAGGUGGUUUUGGGCGAGCGUUUGACUGAACGCCUGACCGGCAACGGCUUUGAGCAGCGCACCUUGCGGACCGACAAGGGAACGGAGAUCGAAUCGGAUAUCCAGCUCUUGUGCGGUGGAUUCAGCCCUGUGGCCACGCUGGUGCAGGAGAUGGAUUCGUCUCUGGUAACCGAGCGUGGUUCUGUCAAGGUGAAUGCCCAGUUGCAGCUGGACGGCAGUAAAUAUGCUCACAUUUUCGCUGUGGGUGACAUGUGCAAUCACCCUGCGCCAAAGAUGGCGUUUAUCGCUGGUGAACAGGGCAAAUUUUUGGCUGGCGAGCUGGCGGCGGUGAUUAAAAAGAAACAAACAGGUUUCACGAAGCCAUUCGACACGCCUGCCAUAGCUGCGAUGAUUUUACCACUUGGCCCGAGCGGUGGAGUCUCGCAGCUGCCUUUUUGGGGUGGCGUUGUACUCGGAGACUGGUUCACGUGGUUGCUCAAGUCAAGAGACUAUUUCGCAGGCCGAAUCUGGGCUAGCAUCGGCGCGACAGUCCCCAACUAGUUAACCACUCGAUUAACAAAGCUCCUUGAUUCUUCGUUUCCCAGCCUUUUUUUUUCUAUUGUCUUGAUUUGGGCAAGAGAAGCCUUCAAACUCACGGACGAGAUAAUGCAAUUCAUUAUGAAAAUGAUUCCAAUUUCUUGUAAGGGUCAACUUCUUUGGAUCGUAGUAUAAGCCAAUGUAGACGACGAAAAGGCUCUCGGACUUCUCC